GUGAAAGAGAGCAACUACCGCGGCCACGGCGACAGCGUGGAUCAGCUCUGCUGGCACCCCAGCAACCCCGACCUCUUCGUCACGGCCUCCGGCGACAAAACCAUCCGCAUCUGGGACGUCCGCACCACCAAGUGCAUCGCCACCGUCAACACCAAAGGGGAGAACAUAAACAUCUGUUGGAGUCCUGAUGGCCAGACCAUUGCAGUAGGGAACAAGGAUGACGUUGUCACCUUCAUUGAUGCCAAGACACAUCGCUCCAAAGCUGAGGAGCAGUUCAAGUUUGAGGUGAAUGAGAUCUCCUGGAACAAUGACAACAACAUGUUCUUCCUCACUAAUGGGAACGGCUGCAUCAAUAUUCUCAGCUUCCCAGAGCUGAAACCCAUUCAGUCCAUCAACGCCCAUCCUUCAAACUGCAUCUGCAUCAAGUUUGAUCCCAUGGGGAAGUACUUUGCCACAGGCAGUGCCGAUGCACUCGUGAGCCUCUGGGAUGUGGAUGAGUUGGUGUGUGUGAGGUGCUUCUCAAGGCUUGACUGGCCUGUGCGAACGCUGAGCUUUAGCCAUGAUGGGAAGAUGCUGGCGUCGGCAUCAGAAGAUCACUUCAUUGACAUUGCGGAAGUGGAGACAGGAGAGAAGCUUUGGGAGGUGCAGUGCGAGUCCCCCACCUUCACAGUGGCCUGGCACCCGAAGAGGCCUCUGCUGGCCUUCGCCUGUGACGACAAAGAUGGCAAAUAUGACAGCAGCCGGGAGGCGGGCACUGUCAAGCUCUUCGGGCUCCCCAAUGACUCCUAGUGGAACUGCAACAGGCAGCAGGGUAGACCACCAGGAGAGGCAACACUUCCCUGCUGUCGGGGAUGGGAGAACGCUUGGUUAACCUAGGAUGGGGGAAGGAGAUCAGUCCCCUCCGUACCUGCUUGGCAGUAUGGUGAUCCUUGGCUCAGCUCUGUGCAUCCUGCUCUUGGGAGCCUUUGUAAAAAGCAGCCUGUGUGCUGGUGAGGACGGUGGGGGAUGCUCGCAGAGCCCCCCUGCUGGUCUCCAGGGAACGGAGGCCCAUUGCAAAGGCAAGUGGCCAAAGAAGGUCUGUCACUGAAUGCCCCUGCUGAGAGGCCUCCUCCGGGGAGGAGCUCAGCUGAGUGGAGGCUGCUGUGGCCAGACUCCCUGGCAGGGAUAAGUUACGUGACCAUGCCCUUCUCUCUUCCUCUGGGCCCCUGUGGCGCGGGCAACCCUGGGAGCACAGCCAGCUCUGUAGCUGCAGCCUGCCGCUUCCCCUCCAGAUGUCCUAUACGUUCCCCGCCCUGGAGCAGCAGAGGGGCAGUGUGGUGGGGCUGUGA